GUAAGCAGACAGACAACGCCCCAAUGCUUGUCCACAACUGUUCAGUCAGUCAGUGUGUGUAUCAACAUGGCAGAGGCAACUUUGGGUCAGGAUCCCUUCUGCUGUUCAAUCUGUCUGGAUGUACUGAAGGAUCCAGUGACUACUGCCUGUGGACACAGUUACUGUAUGGGCUGUAUUAAGGGCUGCUGGGAUCAGGAAGAUCUGAAAGGUGUCUACAGCUGUCCACUGUGCAUGGAAAGCUUCAUCCCAAGACCUGUUUUGAGGAAAAACAUCUUAUUGGUUGAAUUAAUGGAGAAACAGAAGAAGACAGGAUUAAAAUCUGCUCCUCCAGCUCUCUGUUAUGCUGGACCUAGAGAUGUGGAGUGUGAUUUCUGCACUAGGAGGAAACUCAAAGCUGUCAAGUCCUGCCUGGUGUGUCUGGCAUCUUACUGUGAGACUCACCUCCAGCCUCACUUUGAAUCCCCUGCCUUUCAGAAGCACAAGCUGGUCAAAGCCUCCACACAACUCCAGGAGAAGAUCUGCUCUCAUCAUGACAAACCACUGGAGGUUUACUGCCGUACCGAUCAGCAGUGUAUCUGUUAUCUGUGUACAAUGAAUGAACAUAAAGGCCAUGAUACAGCUGCAGCAGAAAGGACUGAGAAACAGAAACAGUUGGUAGAGAAUCAGCAGAAAUCCCAGGAGAGAAUCCAGCAGAAAGAGAAGGAGAUGCAGGAGCUGAGACAGGCUGUGGUCUCUCUGAAGCUCUCUGCACAGGUAGCGGUGGAGGACAGUGAGAGGAUUUUUACUGAGCUGAUCUGUUCCAUUGAAAGAAGGAACUCUGAGGUGAAGCAGCAGAUAACAGCCCAGGAAAAUGCUGAAGUGAGUCGGGCUAAAAGGCAGCUGGAGCAGCUGGAGCAGGAGAUAGCUGAGCUGAGGAGGAGAGAUGCUGAGCUGGAGCAGCUUUCACACACAGAGGAUCACAUCCAUUUCUUCCAGAGUUUUCAGUCUCUCUGUGUCCCCCCUGGAUCUGAUGCCUUACCCAGCAUAUCUGUCAAUCCACACAUAUCUUUUCAUUUUGUGAAGAAUUUUGUAUCUGAGGUGACAGAACAACUAGAGGAUAUCUGCAAGAAGGAAAUUGCCAAACUAUCAUGGGAAGCACCUCCCUCUGACUACUUCAUGGAUGCCAUUCCACAUACUUCUUAUUACAAUUCCAACCAAUUGGCAGGGCGGAGACCCAGCCCUCGCUGGAUAACCCAACAACAAUAUUUUCAGAACAAGCAAGCGACCUUCAGCACUGUGAGGCCCAAUGUGUCUCACAUGGUGACCCCUCAUCGCAUGGCCGCCCAGGCUGCACCUGCUGUAACCCCAGUGCACAUGCCUCAGUACAAGUAUGCUGCAGGAGUGAGCAAGCCUUCAUACAUUCAUACACUUCCCCAGGUUGUUAAGCAGCAGCCUGCUGUCCCUGUGCAGGAGGACCAGGAGCCUCUGACUGCCUCCAAGCUGGCUGCUGCUCCUCCUCAGGAACAGAAGGAAAUGCUGGGUCAACGCCUCUACCCGCUCAUCCAGAACAUGCACCCCAGUCUGGCAGAAGAUCACUGGCAUGUUGCUGGAGAUUGACAACUCUGAGCUGCUCUACAUGCUGGAGUCUCCAGAGUGUCUCCGCUCCAAGGUGGAUGAAGCUGUGACUGUGCUGCAUGCUCACCAGGCCAAACAGGCAACAAUGAGACAAGAAAAACUAAAGAAAAGGAAAUAAUUUGAUUCAG